AUGAGGGGAUUUGCGAGGCAUGAACGUCGAUGGGCGUCGGACACCGUCCCCGACGGCGAGACCAAUGUAAGCGGCGGAUCCUCGCCGGGAACUGAUUCCGGCAUCUCUGCCGCAACGGCGGAGGAGUUCGUCGAGGUCACUCUCGAUCUGCAAGACGAUGACACUAUCAUUCUACGUAGUGUUGAACCUGCAACUUUAAUCAACGUCGACCAAGAGGUAUCUGUGGGAGGUACUGAAACUCCGGCGUCAGCAUCUCGCUCUCCAACGAUUCGGCGGAGCUCAUCGAAUCGGCUUCUACAGUUUUCUCAAGAAUUAAAAGCCGAAGCAGUGGCAAAAGCGAAGCAAUUUUCACAAGAGCUUAAAGCGGAGCUACGGAGAUUUCCGUGGAGUCAUGGACAUGCAUCACGUGCGCUUUCUUCGUCUUCGGCGUUGCAAAACGUCGUCGUCGUUGGAGGAAGUAGUGGUUUGGACUCUGCUCUGGCUGCUCGAGCAAUGCGUCGGCAACGAGCUCAGCUGGAUCGAACUCGUUCCGGUGCUCGGAAAGCUCUUCAAGGACUCAAAUUCAUCAGCAAUAGUAAAACUAGCAGUGUCGAUGCGUGGAACGAAGUUCAGGACAAUUUCAACAAACUUUCUAAGAACAAUUGUCUCUAUCGCGCUGAUUUCGCACAAUGCAUAGGAAUGAGAGAUUCCAAGGAAUUUGCGUUGGAAUUGUUUGACGCUCUGAGUAGAAGACGAAGAUUGCAGGUCGACAAGAUCAGCAGAGAUGAGCUGUAUGAAUACUGGUCCCAGAUCACCGAUCAGAGCUUUGAUUCUCGACUCCAGAUCUUCUUCGAUAUGGUGGAUAAGAAUGAAGACGGCCGAAUCACAGAAGAGGAGGUUAAAGAGAUUAUAAUGUUAAGUGCUUCUGCAAAUAAGUUAUCAAGAUUAAAGGAACAAGCGGAGGAAUAUGCAGCUUUGAUCAUGGAAGAGUUGGAUCCCGAAAGGCUUGGCUACAUUGAGUUAUGGCAGCUGGAAACACUACUGCUACAGAAGGACACGUAUGUUAACUACAGUCAAGCUCUAAGCUACACAAGCCAGGCUCUAAGCCAAAACCUAGCUGGCUUAAGAAAGAGAAGCCCAAUACGAAGAAUGAGCACAAAAUUGCUUUACUAUUUGGAAGAAAACUGGAAGAGACUUUGGGUUGUAAGCUUAUGGAUUUUGAUAAUGGCUGGGCUGUUUACUUGGAAAUUUUAUCAGUACAAACAGAAAAAUGCUUUCCAGGUCAUGGGUUACUGUCUCCCCACGGCUAAAGGUGCAGCUGAAACUCUGAAAUUCAACAUGGCUCUCAUAUUAUUGCCAGUGUGCAGGAACACCAUUACUUGGCUGAGGUCCACCAAGUUUGGUUGUUUUGUACCCUUUGACGACAAUAUCAACUUUCACAAGAUUGACAUGAGCCCCAUGAAUGACCCAACCCUUUCCUUUCACAUCUUUCUCCAAUUGGCUCUCCCUCCGAGUUUCCCAGUUAAAAAGACAAUUGCUGCUGCCAUUGUUAUAGGCAUCAUACUCCACGCUGGGAAUCACCUUGCCUGCGAUUUCCCAAGGCUUAUAAAUGCAUCUGCAUCAGACUAUGAUCAGGACCUGAAAAAUGAUUUUGGUCACCAUAAACCCACGUACUUAGACCUUGUUCGAGGAAUUGAGGGCGUGACUGGAAUUCUAAUGGUGAUCUUCAUGGCUGUUGCUUUCACACUCGCAAC